CACACACACACACACACCCUUAAGCAGUUAGUUACCAAAAUUAUUCGUUUACUGUUUCUUCGUGGGUUCUGGUUGUCUUGUUAAGCCUCGGCAGCAAGAGUCUCAUUCCUCUGUCUCUCUCUCUCUCUCUCCAUUAGUUCUACUUUCCUCUGUUAAAUAAUAGUGCCAUCAACUAUCAGCCCAUUCAUUGACAUGGGUCUCUUUCAUUCUCGUAAUCUUAUAUACUAAUUCAAUGCCCAAUAACCCCCCUCUGUCUCUCUCUCCUGUUGAGAAAUAUUCCCUUCUUCAAGCAAAGAAGCUAAAACUUUCUCUCUCUAACUUUACUUCUCUUUUGCUCUCUAUCUCUCCUUUUGCUUUCUGAGUUUCUCUUGAUGCUUUCAUAUAUUUCUGCUUCAUAAUGGGGUUUUCUCAAAACAAUUCAAAUAACUCUAGAAAGCCUCUAAGUGACCCAAUUUCUUCAGAUACUUCUUGUUCAGCUACUGAUCAGAACAGUGUCCAUGAUGAGCUAAGAAUCAAGAACAUAUGGAAUAAGAUGAUUUGGGAUUUUGGGUUGGCCUGUGUUGGUCCAACUCGUCGGCGGCGAAGCGCCACCGGCGAAGAUGAGAGAGAGAGUGAGAAGAGUCCCUCUAAUUUAGAGCAGAACAAGGCUUGGUUGCUUGCAGAGUCAGGUGGGUGUGGUGGAGAGUUGUCAAAUGCUGAGCCACAAUCGGUUCACUCCUCUUUCAGGUUCAGUUUCUGCUCUCAGGUUGAACUUGAAUCCAUAGAUGUGACUAACCCUUCUUCUGCAACCAUUUUGAUGGUGAAUUUGGAUAAUGGAUUGACCAAAUCACGAUCCCAAGAGCUUGAAUGGCGUAGAAUUGCGUCACUUGAAAGGACUAUUUCUCCUGUGGCCAAUACAUUGAUUAGGUUCAGCUAUAAUCAAAUUCUUUCCUCAACUCACAAUUUUUCCAAAGGCAGAGUUUUGGGAAGAGGUGCUUUGAGCUGUGUUUUUAGAGGCAGGGUUGGGUUUUUGAGGACUUGUGUGGCAAUUAAGAGGUUGGAUAAGGAAGAUAAGGAGUCUUCAAAGGCAUUUUGUAGAGAGUUGAUGAUUGCUAGUUCUCUCCAUAACCCAAACAUUGUUCCUCUAUUGGGUUUCUGUAUUGAUCCUGAGGAGGGUUUGUUUUUGGUGUACAAGUACGUCUCUGGUGGAAGUUUAGAACAACAUUUGCAUGAGAAGAAGAGAGGAGUAAAGGGUGGUUCAUCACUUCCUUGGUCCAUGAGGUAUAAGGUUGCAGUUGGAAUAGCAGAGGCCAUUGGUUAUCUACACAAUGGAACUGAAAGAUGUGUUGUUCAUAGAGACAUAAAGCCCUCAAACAUCCUUCUCUCUUCUAAGAAAACACCCAAGCUAUGUGACUUUGGAUUGGCUGCAUGGACUCCUGCACCUUCAGUGCCUUUCCUUUGCAAAACAGUCAAAGGAACAUUUGGUUAUUUGGCUCCUGAAUAUUUCCAGCAUGGGAAAGUAUCCAACAAAACCGAUGUUUAUGCUUUUGGUGUGGUCCUCUUGGAGCUUAUAAGCGGGCGGAAGCCAAUUGAAGCAAAGAGAGGAGCAGGGGAGGAGAACUUGGUCCUGUGGGCAAGGCCAUUAUUGCAGCAAGGAGAGAUUGACCGGUUGAUUGAACCACGACAAAAAUUCAAUCCACGAAACUAUAUUCAGAUAGCGCGGAUGGUACAAGCUGCAUCAGCCUGUAUAAACAGCGAGGAAUUCCAGAGGCCGAGCAUUGAUGAUAUUAUUGCAAUACUGAGAGGAGAAUUCGAUUUCUCCAAUGGGAAGAAGUUCAGUUUCCCUGCUAACAAUAGUGUUAUUUAUAGUUACUCCCAAUUGCCACAGACGAGAAGCCAAAUGAGGAGUCAUUUAGCUUUGGCCAUGCUAGGAGUUCCAGAAUUUGAAGGCCAUGAUCACCUUUACUGUCGAUGAAACACAAACACUUCACAAUCUGAUUUUUUUUUUUUUUUUU